AUCCCGAUUUGGGCGACUUGACUUAAAUCAAGUGGCCGGGUAAUGUAAAUAAGUGUAACAAUCAUGAAAAAUUCACCCGUGCCUUGCUAUUUAGUAUUAGAAGAUGGGGAGAUCAUCGAGGGAAAAUCUUUUGGGUCAAAGAAAGAGACAAACGGGGAAGUCGUAUUUCAAACUGGAAUGGUGGGAUAUCCUGAGUCGCUGACGGACCCCAGUUACAAUAAACAAAUUCUCAUCCUCACAUACCCCAUAAUAGGCAACUAUGGUGUUCCCGAUCAAGAAAUCAAAGAUGAUUAUGGCAUCCCUUGUUUUUUCGAAUCGUCCAAAAUCUGGUCGGUCGCUCUGGUAGUGGGGGAGUACUGCGAUCACCCAAGCCAUUGGAGAAAUCACCAGACACUAUCAGAAUGGAUGGAAAAGGAAGAUAUACCCGGUAUUCAAGGGGUGGAUACCAGAGCCUUGGUGAAGAAAAUAAGGGAAAAAGGAAGCUGUCUCGGUAAAAUAGUUUACAACCUGCCGGUAAAGACAGAAAAGUUGUCCUUCGAGAAUCCGAAUUUGUACAAUUUGGUAGCAGAAGUUUCCGUAUCUAAACCAAUCACGUACAACAAAAAUGGCUCUCCAAGAAUUUGUGCUGUGGACUGCGGUUUAAAAUACAACCAAAUCAGGUGCCUACUGAGUAGAGGUGCCAGGGUGGAUGUAGUACCAUGGAAUCACAAAUUAGAUGUAGACGAAUAUGACGGUCUCUUCCUCAGCAAUGGACCCGGAGAUCCUGUUAUGUGCAAAGCAACUAUAGAAAAUUUAAAAGCGGUACUCAAAUCUCCGAAAAUCAAACCGAUUUUUGGUAUAUGUCUGGGGCAUCAACUAUUAGCUUCAGCCAUAGGAUGCAGAACUUUUAAAAUGAGAUAUGGUAACCGAGGUCACAACCAACCGUGCGUACAUACACAAACUGGACGAUGUUAUAUGACGUCACAAAACCACGGUUUCGCUGUGGAUCCACAGAGUUUGCCCCAGAACUGGGAACCGUUAUUCGUCAACGCCAACGAUAAAACGAACGAAGGAAUAGUACAUACCAAGCUACCGUACUACAGCGUACAAUUUCAUCCGGAACAUACUGCCGGACCAGAAGAUUUGGAAUGUUUGUUCGAUGUAUUCUUGAAUCUCGUCACGAGUCACGAAAAAGAUGAGAUCACUGCUUUCGAGAGCAUCAAAAGAAAGUUGGAAUUCAAAGAAAAACCGGAAUACAUAGCCAGGCCUAAGAAGGUUCUAAUAAUAGGUUCAGGUGGAUUAUCCAUAGGUCAAGCAGGGGAAUUCGAUUAUUCAGGUUCGCAAGCCAUUAAAGCCCUUCGAGAAGAAAACAUUCAAACGGUUCUCAUAAACCCCAAUAUCGCCACCGUGCAAACCUCGAAAGGUUUAGCUGAUAAGGUAUACUUCCUACCACUUGUAGCCGAGUAUGUGGAGCAAGUUAUCAAGGUCGAACGUCCAGAUGGGGCUCUAUUGACAUUCGGCGGUCAAACAGGUCUAAACUGCGGCAUUGAGCUCGAUAAAAAGGGCGUUUUCGAAAAAUACAACGUCAAAAUAUUAGGGACGCCUAUCCGAUCGAUUAUCGAUACUGAAGACAGAAAGAUUUUCAGUGAAAAGAUAAGCUCCAUUGGGGAGAAAGUCGCCCCAAGUUUAGCCGCACACUCAGUAGAUGAAGCCUUAGAGGCUGCCGAGAAACUUGGUUACCCUGUAAUGACGAGGGCUGCGUUUUCCCUGGGAGGUUUAGGAUCUGGGUUCGCCAACAACAGAGAUGAAUUGAAAGUACUGGCUAUCAAAGGUUUAGCCCAUUCAGCUCAGCUAAUCAUUGACAAGUCCCUCAAAGGAUGGAAAGAAGUUGAAUAUGAAGUCGUUCGAGAUGCCUAUGAUAACUGCAUCACAGUGUGCAAUAUGGAGAACGUGGAUCCUCUAGGAAUACACACAGGGGAAUCUAUUGUAGUCGCGCCUAGUCAAACGUUGAGCGAUAGGGAAUACAACAUGCUUCGAACAACCGCCAUUAAGGUCAUCAAACAUUUCGGAAUAGUCGGAGAAUGCAACAUUCAAUAUGCUCUGAAUCCUGAUUCUGAAGAAUACUACAUAAUAGAAGUGAAUGCGAGGCUUUCACGAAGUUCAGCAUUAGCCAGCAAGGCAACGGGUUAUCCACUAGCUUACGUAGCAGCCAAAUUAGGUUUGGGAAUCGCACUUCCAGACAUUAAAAACUCCGUAACAGGAGACACUACAGCCUGCUUCGAACCAAGCUUGGAUUACUGCGUUGUCAAAAUUCCCAGAUGGGAUCUACACAAAUUCCAAAGAGUCAGUACAAAAAUAGGCAGCUCAAUGAAGAGUGUCGGAGAGGUCAUGUCGAUUGGCAGAAAAUUCGAGGAAGCUUUCCAAAAGGCGCUCCGAAUGGUCGACGAAAACGUUUCUGGGUUCGAUCCCUACGUGAAACAAGUUGAAGACGAAGAACUGGAGCAACCCACAGAUAAAAGGAUGUUUGUGAUAGCUGCUGCGCUCAAGAGCGGCUACACUGUCGAUAAACUCUACGAGCUCACCAAAAUCGACAGGUGGUUCUUGCAGAAGAUGAAGAACAUCAUCGACUGGCACACUUAUCUGGAAUCUUUAAACCAAGAAGGAGUUACCCACGACAUACUUCUAAAAUCGAAACAGAAAGGUUUCUGCGACAAGCAGAUAGCUGAAGCUGUGAAAAGUACAGAACAAGCUGUACGUAACAUGAGGGAAGAAUUGAAUGUGAAACCAUUCGUUAAGCAAAUCGAUACAGUUGCUGCUGAAUGGCCAGCAACAACCAACUAUUUGUAUUUAACUUACAACGCGGACUCCCACGAUAUCAAGUUCGGUGAAGAACACGUAAUGGUGCUAGGUUCAGGGGUUUACAGGAUUGGAAGUUCGGUAGAGUUUGAUUGGUGUGCUGUCGGAUGCAUCAGGGAACUUAGGAAAUUGAACAGAAAAACUAUAAUGGUGAAUUACAACCCAGAGACGGUCAGUACAGAUUACGACAUGUCCGAUAGGUUAUAUUUCGAAGAAAUUUCUUACGAAGUGGUGAUGGAUAUUUACAACAUUGAAAAUCCCACCGGUAUCAUCCUAUCGAUGGGCGGUCAGCUGCCCAAUAAUAUAGCCAUGGAUUUGUACCAUCAACAGGCUAGAAUUUUGGGAACAUCCCCGAAAUCCAUAGACGAGGCCGAGAAUAGAUUCAAAUUCUCUAGGGCGUUGGACAGGAUUGGAAUCAAACAACCAAGAUGGAAGGAAUUGACGAAUCUGAAGUCGGCAAUCGAAUUUUGCGAUGAAGUCGAAUACCCUUGCCUAGUACGCCCCUCUUAUGUCCUUAGCGGAGCUGCGAUGAAUGUUGCUCAUUCGAACAGAGACUUAGAGACGUACCUCAAAGCCGCAAGCGAUGUCAGCAAAGAACACCCUGUAGUCAUCUCGAAAUUCGAGGUUAACGCCAAGGAAAUAGAUGUGGACGCUGUAGCUAGAAACGGUGAGAUUCUAUGUAUGGCAGUUUCUGAACACGUUGAAAACGCAGGGGUGCAUUCCGGAGAUGCAACCCUAGUGACACCCCCACAGGAUAUCAACUCGAAGACCUUGUCCAAGAUAAAAGCGAUUACCAAGGCAAUCGCCGUUGAAUUAGACGUUACAGGCCCCUUCAACAUGCAGUUGAUAGCCAAGAAUGAUGAACUGAAGGUCAUCGAAUGUAACGUGAGAGUCUCGAGAUCCUUUCCUUUCGUCUCUAAAACACUAGAUCACGAUUUUGUCGCCAUGGCUACUAAGGUUAUAAUAGGAGAACCAUGCGAUGAGAUCAAAGUAUUACAUGGCGUUGGAAAAGUAGGGGUGAAGGUUCCUCAGUUUUCCUUCUCAAGAUUAGCUGGUGCAGAUUUCAUGUUGGGCGUGGAGAUGGCGUCAACUGGCGAAGUGGCAGCCUUUGGUGAAAACAGGUACGAGGCUUAUAUCAAGGCACUGAUGAGUACUGGAAUCAGUAUGCCGCAGAAAUCAAUAUUCUUGUCGAUCGGAAGAUACGAGCAUAAAAAUGAAUUAUUGCCAAGUGUGAAGUCCCUAGCAGAAAUGGGAUUCAAGCUUUAUGGAAGUCCAAGUACUGCUGACUUCUAUUCAUCCAAUAACGUCAAGAUUGAAUUAGUCGAAUAUCACAACGUAGAUGAUAUAACCAGUCAGGAACUAGGGAACUUGGCAGAAUUCUUAUCGAAAAAACAAUUCGAUCUGGUGAUCAAUCUUCCGAGGAGAGAUGGUGGAGCAAGAAGAGUGUCAUCAUUCAUAACACCGGGAUAUAAAACUAGACGAUUAGCGAUUGAUUUUUCUGUUCCAUUAAUAACCGACAUAAAAUGUGCGAAACUGUUAGUAGAGGCCCUCAAAUUGAUCGGUCCUGCGCCACCAAUGAAGACCCACACAGACUGUUUAACAUCAAAAACAUUGAUUAGACUGCCAGGUUUCAUAGACACGCAUGUGCAUGUUAGGGAACCAGGAGCCACCCACAAGGAAGAUUAUGAUACUUGCACUGCUGCUGCGCUUGCUGGCGGCAUUACCAUGAUUUGUGCCAUGCCCAACACAAAUCCUGCAGUUAUAGACGAGGAAUCGGUACUGCUGGUUAAGAAAUUAGCUAAAGAGAAAGCCAGGUGCGACUAUGCAGUUUUCCUAGGAGCGUCCUCAGAAAAUUAUACUACAGCUGCUGAAUUAGCCCAUGAGGUAGCUGGAUUGAAGAUGUACUUGAAUGAUACUUUCACAACGCUCAAACUUAAUGAUUUGAAUGUGUGGUCGAAGCAUCUUGCCAGUUGGCCCAAAAGGGCACCUCUUUGCGUUCAUGCCGAAGGACAAACCACGGCUGCCAUCUUAUUCUUAGCGAAUAUACACAACAGACCUGUCCACAUUUGCCAUGUAGCUAGGAAAGAAGAAAUAUUAGUGAUUAAAGCUGCCAAAGAAAAAGGUAUCAAGGUAACCUGCGAAGUCUGUCCACAUCACUUAUUCUUUUCAACAGAAGACGUUGAGAAAAUCGGAGCUGAUAAAGCUCAAGUUAGACCUAUGUUGGUAAGUCCCGAAGACCAACAAUCUCUAUGGGAAAAUCUACAUAUCAUAGAUUGUUUUGCGACUGACCAUGCCCCUCACACUCUUCAAGAAAAAACUUCUGAAAACCCUCCACCUGGUUUUCCUGGUCUUGAAACUAUAUUGCCGCUUUUACUCAAUGCAGUGAAUGAAGGUAGAAUGACCCUUGAUGACAUUAUAAGCAAAUUCCAUAAGAACCCCAAGAAGAUAUUCAAUUUACCCGAGCAGUUCAAUACUUACGUCGAAGUUGAUUUAGACGAAGAAUGGACAAUUCCUGAGAAAACAACAUACAGCAAGGCCAAAUGGACGCCAUUCGCUGGAAAAACAGUUAAGGGAGCCGUGCACAGGGUUGUACUGAGAGGUGAAGUUGCCUAUAUGGAAGGACAAGUACUGGUUCCACCAGGUUACGGCAAGGAUGUGAAAGAAUGGGAUAUAAGGAAGUCUAUGUUGAGCAUAGAGGGAAGACCAUCGUCUGCCUUGAACCGUCCAGUCUCACCAAUUCCCUGCGUGUAUAAUUCGAUUGAAGACUCCGAUACAGAAACCAACGAAAUAAUCUCCAAAUUGUUGGAGCCUUCGAACGCCAGACUAUCACCCAUUCCAUUCAACGUUCCGAAAAUUCUCGAGACCCACGCUAACCACACGAUGGGCGAUUCCCAGAUAAUACAUAAUCUGCAAUCUCUCCACGGAAAACACAUACUGGCAGUCGAUAUGUUCACCAAAGAUCAGCUUAAUACGAUAUUCACGUUGGCUGAAUCGUUCAGAAAUUGCAUAUCCAAAGAUGAGGCGCUGGAUCAUCUCAUGAAGGGAAAAGUGAUGGCUUCCAUCUUCUACGAGGUGAGCACAAGGACCAGCUGUAGCUUCUCGGCGGCGAUGCAACGUUUGGGCGGCACGGUUAUACACAUGGAUGAGACCACUUCUUCUGUGAAGAAGGGGGAAACUUUGGAAGAUUCUGUGGCCGUUAUGGCGGGAUAUUCAGAUGUUGUGGUUCUGAGACAUCCGCUGCCCGGUUCUGUGCAAAAAGCCUCGAAGGUCAGCAGAAAGCCCAUAAUAAAUGCUGGAGAUGGGGUUGGCGAGCACCCUACCCAAGCCCUCCUAGAUAUUUUCGCCAUACGAGAAGAAAUAGGAACGGUUAAUGGACUGGUCAUAACGCUGGUUGGCGAUUUGAAAAAUGGAAGAACUGUUCAUUCCCUAGCUCGCCUCCUCACUUUGUACAAUGUACAAUUGAAUUACGUCAGUCCGGCCAGUUUGAAGAUGCCGAAACACAUAGUGAAAUAUGUGGAAUCAAAGGGUGUACCUCAAACUGAGUACGAAACCUUAGAAUCGGUGCUACCGCACACUGAUGUUUUAUACAUGACAAGGAUCCAGAGGGAAAGAUUUGAAACCCAAGAAGAUUAUGACAGGGCUUGUGGUCAUUACAUAAUAACACCUCACAUGAUGACGAGUGCCAAGAAGAAGAUGAUUGUUCUUCAUCCUCUCCCCAGAGUCUUCGAAAUAAGUCCAGAAUUCGAUACGGAUCCUAGAGCUGCUUAUUUCAGACAAGCAGAGGGGGGAAUGUACAUAAGAAUGGCCUUACUGGCGGCAGUCACCGGAAAAUCCCAUCAAUUGAUCAAAUACAUGGGUCCAUUCGUUUGACAUAUGAUCAGCUCUGUACGGGUGAAACAUUCCAUGAAUUAAUUCACAACAAUAAUAAUGUAUUACUUUACAUUCCAAUCUAAAUAUUCCGUAGAUAGUAUCUAUCUAAAUCCAAUUCGCCAAAAAAUUAUGUUUGGUAUUAUGUGAUAUUCAAUGAAUGCUCAAUAAAUUUUAUGUACAUACAUUUAUCUGUGAACAAUUGUAUAAUAGUACUUUUUAUGUAUAUGUACAAAGGUUUCAAUAAAGACUAGCAUAUUCCUAUC